UACCGCCUCACCGUAUCCGACAACUUCAAGACAGCAAGGAUGGGUUUCGCUCACAACAAUGUCCUUCAUGCCAACCACUUCCGCAAGGACUGGCAACGCCGUGUAAGGACGUGGUUCAAUCAGCCAGGACGCAAACUUCGUCGUCGCAAUGCCCGCAAAACCAAAGCUGCCAGGCUCGGUGUUCGCCCUUUGACACUUCUGCGCCCUGCUGUACGGGGCCAGACUGUGCGCUACAACCGUAAAAUUCGUGAGGGACGCGGAUUUACCUUGGCAGAACUCAAGGAAGCUGGAGUCGGAAGGAAAGAGGCACGAGGUGUUGGAAUUGUGGUCGACCACCGGAGAAGGAACCUGAGCGAGGAGGGCAAGAAAGUCAACGUUGAGAGACUGAAGGCUUACAAGGAAAGGCUUGUCGUUUUCCCCAGAAAAGCUGGCAAACCCAAGAAGGGUGACUCUUCUGCAGAGGAACUCAAAGCUGCUACUAUCCGCCAAGCCCUUCCCCUCCCUGAUCCUUAUCCCGCUGAAACGCCUCGUAAAAUUACUGCCGAAGAGCGUAAAUUUGAGGCUUACAAGACGCUUCGCCAUUCUCGUGCUGAUACGAGAUACGAGGGUGUUCGUAAGGCACGAGCAGCCAAGAAAGAGGAGGAGGAAGCUGCCAAGAAGAAGUAAUCGUGUCUCCAUUCUUUUACCUUUUUGCCUAUGUGUAUGCUUUUUUAAAACCUCACGCCUCGACUCCAAGCGUACCACAUGCCCCUCCGUGUCAUCUCCUAUGCCGAUUAAUGUGAGGAUUUUUGGCGCCGUUUCGCAUUGCUUGGUACGAAAGCAACCGUCAAAGUGGACUACACCCAAGUCACUCCUUACUUUGCUCACACCAUUUGGCAUUUUUGAUCUCUCCAUUCUUUGCCAUUUUGAUCUCAUCGGCGGUCUAUACAAGACUGAGUAUCAAAUUUUGUUCUUCCUAUGAUAGCCCGUGUUCACCACCGUUCUCAUUCGACCAACCAGCCCAGAUUUUGAAGAAUUGUCUUCUUCAGUGUGGUAGAUGUGAUACCGAUCUUCGUAAGACCCAAAACCCGGAGAAUUAAUUUCCACCCCUCGGCUCUUUUUAGAUACGGGCUUCUGGGCAACCGGUAAGUACUAUGUAGACUGGCAGGUUCCUUCGAUCCAUUCAUCCGGUUCCCUUUGACUGAUGAGUACUUGAGUCUCACAGGCGUCAGGGCAAUGCUUAUACCAUGAACCAGAUCUAUCCCACACCUUCCACCCUGCCGAAUCACCCAGACACCCAAUCAGCGGAGCCGGCUCACUGAGACCCAAGAAGUCGGACCUGAGCAAGUUUCAACACAAC